CUUCAGAGGUCUAUUGGAGGUCAGACUGAGUCCUUCUAAUAGCAACCGCAACAGAGCCAAGUCCUUCAGAUUACUGCAUCCCUCCACUCUGGACACACUGUCGACCUUUCUUCAUUUGCACACUUGAGAACAGGUAAUUCUACGACAGCCAUGCAGGCUCAAGAUAUCUUGAGACAGCUGCGGAUGCCCGAACUAGAUGAUUUUCGACAGUAUGUCCGAAGUCUCCCCACCAACGCCCUCAUGGGUAUGGGCGCCUUCGCUGCCAUCACCACAUACUGGUUUGCCACCCGGCCCAAAGCCCUCAAAGCCCCCUGUGAUCUCAGACAGCAGUCGGUGGAAAUCCCAGGUGGAGAACGUGCCAGGAGAUCAGCGUUGAACGACAGCCAUGCCAACUUGACGCACUACUACGAUGAUGCCCGAACAGUGUAUGAGGUGUUCCUGCGAGGGCUCAGGGUAUCAAAUGACGGACCAUGUCUUGGAUCACGAAAACCAGACCAGCCAUACGAGUGGCUAUCUUACAAGGAGGUGAUUGACAGGGCAGAGUGUCUCGGCUCUGGCCUCCUUCACAAAGGACACUCUCAUACUGGGGACAAAUACAUCGGCAUCUUUUCUCAGAACAGACCAGAGUGGACAAUUUCAGAACUGGCGUGUUACACCUACUCCUUGGUGGCAGUCCCGCUGUACGAUACACUUGGCCCAGAGGCCAUUGGCUAUAUUAUUGAAAAAGCCGCCAUCACAACAGUGAUCUGUGACGUCCCUGAAAAGGCUCGCAUGAUUCUGGAUUGCGCCAGCGGACAAGGAAAGUCGGUGAAGACGAUUGUUAUCAUGGAGGCUUUUGAUAGUGAGCUGGUGACACGGGGACAGGAGUGCGGGAUCCAGAUUCUAAGUCUGAAGGAGUUUGAGGCUGUAGGUAAAGCUCACCACCAGAAACCAGUGCCUCCAAAACCGGACGAUUACGCAAUUGUCUGCUUCACUUCCGGCACCACAGGGAACCCUAAAGGUGCACUUCUUACACAUGGAAACAUCAUCUCCAACACUGCAGCUUUCAUAAAAAUAACAGAGGGCUUACUGAAGCCCAGCACUAAAGAUGUGCUCAUCUCCUUCCUCCCUCUGGCCCACAUGUUUGAAAGGGUGGUGGAGGGUGUCAUCCUCAUCCACGGGGCACGAAUAGGCUUCUUCCAAGGGGACAUUCGACUCUUGAUGGACGAUCUGAAGACACUGCAGCCGACGGUCUUUCCCGUCGUCCCUCGUCUCCUUAACCGAAUGUUUGACAGGGUUUUCAGUCAGGCCAACACACCAGUGAAAAGAUGGCUGCUGGACUUCGCCUUCAGGAGGAAAGAGUCGGAGCUCAAACAGGGAGUGAUCCGAAAGGACAGCUUGUGGGACAAACUCAUCUUCAAAAAAGUGCAGUUGGGUCUGGGUGGUCGUGUGAGACUCAUGAUAACAGGAGCUGCCCCCGUGUCCCCAACAAUCCUGACUUUCCUCCGAGCUGCUCUCGGCUGUCAGUUUUAUGAAGGCUAUGGCCAGACUGAAUGUACCGCAGGGUGCUCCAUGUCGUUGCCUGGAGACUGGUCAGCAGGUCACGUCGGGCCUCCUCUGCCCUGCAACGCUAUAAAACUCGUGGAUGUGGUAGAAAUGAAUUACUUGGCAGCCAAUGGAGAGGGAGAGGUGUGUGUCAAAGGACCAAAUGUAUUCAAAGGAUACCUUGAAGACUCCAAGAAAACAGCCGAGGCCCUAGAUCAGGACGGAUGGCUGCACACAGGAGACAUUGGGAAAUGGCUUCCUGAUGGCACACUAAAGAUCAUCGACAGAAUAAAAAACAUUUUCAAACUGGCACAAGGAGAGUACAUCGCCCCAGAGAAAAUAGAAAUGGUUUAUAAUCGCAGUGAUCCAGUGGCCCAGAUAUACGUUCACGGCGACAGCUUACAGGCAUGCCUGGUGGCGAUAGUGGUACCUGAUCCAGACUUUUUACCUAUUUGGGCCAAGAGAAAAGGGAUUGAAGGAUCCUACACUGAACUGUGCAAUAACAAGGACGUGAAAGCCGGCAUUCUGGAGGACAUCCUGAAUAUUGGCAAAGAAGCAGGGCUCAAGUCUUUUGAACAGGUGAGAGACAUUGCGCUGCAUCCCGAGAUGUUUACUAUCCAGAACGGCCUGCUGACUCCGACCCUGAAGGCAAAGAGGAAUGACCUUCGAAAAUACUUCAGGGCGCAGAUCGAUCAACUUUAUGCCAAAAUAAAGAUGUGAGCAUCCAUCGAGGAGUUCGUUACAAAGGUCACACAACCAACCAAAACAUGUUACUCGGAGAAUUCUCUACAUAUUUUCUGCCUGCAACAAUUUAAACAAUUUUGCAGCGGUUGCUCCAACAGUAAUAAGGCAUUGAAUCUAAGUAUUUAUCAUCUAUUUUGAUGAUGGCAAUAGAUGAGGAAUAUUCCAGAACAUGGGUUAAUGCCAUCCGUCUUUGAGUAGAGGCUUAAAAUCAGAGUUCCUCUCAACUUCACUGCCACUUUGUCUGUUAGCGGAAUAGGAACAUUUUAUCGUGACAAAUAUAAAAUAUUUAUAUGCCAAGCUAUUUAAUGUUUUGGUAAUCUAUUUAAAUUGACAUAAUGUGAUCUUCAAACCUGUAAAUAGUGUAUGUGCUGGAAGAGUAUAUUUGUAUUUAGAGUACUCUGAUACUCUGUAAUCUCCUGCAUUCCCGUGUGUUUCAAUGCUGCAGGCUUAACCACAGACUUUUAUCAGAAUUUAGUUACCAGCCUAUGGGAGUCAUGUGCCUUUUGUUUGUUGUGUCUAACAGCGCAUGUAAUAUACUGAAUGUGACUAUACUGUACAUGCAGACUCCUUUUUCCGUGCUGCAGGAUAAAGUCCCAUAACUGGAGUGUGUAUACUGCAAAAGUGCUGAAGGGAAUAAUGAUAUUGUGAUUAAUAUCAGGAAGCUAAUUUUUAAGAUAAAUUAUAUGUGCUUCGAUGCAUAUAAAGUCACAGUCUGCAUUUAUUUUCUAUGACAAAACAAAAAGAAAAAAAAAUCAAUUGUGACUUCAAAGGUUUCGUCCAAACUUCUGCACAUCUAAUCAUAUCAAGGAAUCCUUGAUGCUAAAAGCCAUACUGUUAUGAUUCUGAAAAGGGGAUAAAUGUACAGGUGUAAUGGAAAGUUUAGGACUUGUAUCUGUCAACUGAAAUGAAUAAAUACUUUAUUUCAAUA